UUCAAUAAUUACGGCACCCAAUGUGUUUAUCUCCUUUUGGGGACGAAAUUUGGAAAAAAUUAAUAAAAUUAAAAAAUUUUAUGUUCUUUUUUUUAAAUAUUUAAGAAUGUUUUUACUGCAACGAAACAUAUAUGUAUUUUUUUUCAUUUCAUUCUUCUUCAAGCAAAUAAAAAAAUACCAACAAAAAACAAUAGCAAAAACAGUUGAUCAAUCGGAUGAUAAAAGAAAACUUGAUUGCAGUUGUGUUCUUAUUAUUUUAGGAAAUUCAUUGAAUUAUUACGCUUAUUAUGAAGCCACUGGCGGAACUUCAAAUUCAGAAAACUCAAUUUUUAUUUAUUUAUCUCCUACCAGUAGCAGCAUCGGUUGCUUGCAAUUUUCAUACCACAUGCAUGGAGCCGAUAUGGGCUCGCUUUUAGUAAAUGUUUCAAGUGGAUCUUACAGCGAACUCUUAUGGUCUCGCUCUGGAAAUGUAGGAAACAAAUGGAAAAUGGCGUCGGUAUCUUUCAACAAGUUUUUAAGCCGUUAUGAACCAAAUUAUGGUAAUAUCCUGUUCAAAUUUGUUGCUGUCAGAGGAAAUGGUUAUCGGAGUGACAUUGCUUUGGAUGACAUUUCUAUUAGCUUUGGAAGCAAUUGCAGCUCUGGAGAAAGUUUUAGCUUUUGCAACUUUGAAGUCGAUACCUGUGGUUUUACUGGAUCUAACUGGAACAGAGCUUCAGGGAGUACAACAAGCAUAUUUACUGGUCCAAGUGUUGAUGCGAGUGGCAGAUCUGAUGGUUAUUUUUAUCGUUUAAAUGCUAGUGCACCAUUUGCUAUCCAGUUUGCCUCGGUUCUAGUAUCAAAUCCGUUUAAAUACAGUACAGGGUGUCUAAAAUUUGCAUAUCAUAUUGUUGGGACAAAUUAUGAGAAACUCGCAGUCGGACUAAUUUCCAGAUAUAAUCAAACUACGGUAUGGGAGAAAAUUAGUCAAGGUAAUCUGUGGAAAAGAGCGACGAUACCACUGCAAGAGAUUUUGAAUCCUAUUAUCCCAUCAUUUUUUUUUCUAACAUUUAUGGCAACGAAAGGACGUAACAAUCUCACUAACAUAGCCAUUGAUGAAGUAGAAAUAUCAUAUGGGUCAUAUUGCACAACAAGCUCCACAACUACAACAACUACAACUUCAACCACAACUACACCAUUCAUCACACAUCAUGCGACAGCCAGCACCACAAGGACAACUAGCACAACGACAACUAGCACCAAUAUGACGCCAGGAACAAUAAGCCUCUGCAAUUUUGAAGAAAACACAUGCGGAUUUGUAUUAAGCGAAAAUUGGUUUCGAAAUCGUGGAAGCACACAUUCUUCGACAACCGGUCCAAAUGUUGAUGCAAGUGGAAGUCCAUCAAAGUACUACAUUUAUUAUGAAGCAACAAGCGGAAUUGCAAAUUCAAACAACGCAAUUUUUAUCCUUUUAUCCAAUUGUUAUCUCAGUACCACCGGUUGCUUACAAUUUUCAUACCACAUGUAUGGUGCCAAUAUGGGAUCACUUUUGGUAUUACUUUCGAACAGAUAUUUAAGACAAACUAUAUGGUCUCGCCAUGGAGACAAAGGAAACCAAUGGCAUACGGCAUCAGUACCAUUGAAUCAAUUUUUAAGCAAUUCUUCUUUAUCUAUUUUGAAUAUUGUAACUAUGAACACAAAAAAACAACAACAUGGGAGUCGUAUUAGCAACCCACAUCAUAACCUUCAAUUGACUUUUGUUGCUGUCAGAGGAUAUGGUUUUGAGAGUGACAUUGCUUUGGACGACAUCUCUGUUUCUUUUGGAAGUGAUUGCAUCUCUGGUAAGAACACAAGAGAAAAAAUGUAUAUAUUGUUACAAUUUUUGCGAUAUCGCCAAACUCUAUAUCUUAAAUAUUUUAUGAUGCCUAUUUUAAGUCCUAGAAUAGGUGCGUGCAACAAACGUAAUAGUUUUAUACUUUCAGUUAUCAGUGAAGAGCUUUUGGAAACUGUAAACAGAAUGUUAAAACUUGCACUAGAACUGAAAUGUCCCACUUUUAAUAAGCUUAUCGUUAAUAUGCGUACAAAGUUAAAGAUUUAUAGUAUAUUGAAGGAUCGAAAUCGCAAAAAAAUUCAAUAUAUUUGGGUUGUCGAACAGGAAACACCAUAA